AUCAAACAACCUUAUAGUAAAAACUAUCAAAGAAAUUAAUUAACACUACACAACAUUAGUAAUUAUGAAUGCCAUGGCUACCCUUAACGUUCCUCGAAUGGCGGCCACUACCUUGCUGUUCAUCGCAUCAUUCUUAUUGCUCAGCCUACGUCCAACAGAGGCACAAGUUGGAGUAAGUUAUGGAAAGAUUGCUAACAACUUACCAUCACCACGAGAUGUGGUGAACCUCUACAGAUCUAACAACAUAAAAGCAAUGAGGCUUUACUUUCCGGAUCAACAAACUCUUCAAGCUUUACAAGGAACAGACAUCAAACUCAUGAUAGGAGUCGCAAAUGAAAAUAUUCGGUCCAUAGCAUCGUGUCGUUGUGCUGCAUACCGUUGGGUCCGAGCCAACGUCCUCCCCUAUCGAUCCUCGAUUAGUUACAUAGUCGUGGGAAAUGAAGUUGACCCGUCUAGUCAACCAGGAUCAUCAGUCGCACCAGCUAUGCAAAACAUUCAGUAUGCACUAGACGUACUAAAUAUAAACAACCAAAACGAUGAAAUUAAAGUUUCAACGGCGAUUAAUGCAAACCUAAUAACAAACUCGUACCCACCAUCUAAUGGCCAAUUUAAGGACCCGUCGUAUAUAGCCCCAAUAAUUGACUUCAUGAAUAAUCAUGAUUCGCCUUUGUUGGUUAAUGUUUACCCUUACUUUGCAUAUGCUAAUGACCCAAAAGAUAUUUCACUAGACUAUGCCUUGUUUACUUCACCUGGUUAUGUUUUUACGGACCCUAAUAACGGGUUACGUUACCAAAAUUUAUAUGAUGCGAUGGUAGAUUCAGUGUAUGCAGCUCUACGGAGGGCGGGUGGACAUCAUCAUCGACGUGUCAUUGCAUCCGAGAGCGGAUGGCCAUCCAACGGAGGAUUUGGUGCCACGUUGGAAAACGCCAAGACCUACACUAGAAACUUGAUCAACCAUGCGAAGCAAGGGACUCCUUUAACACCAGGGCAACCUAUUGAGACUUACGUGUUUGCAAUGUUUGAUGAAAAUGAAAAACAAGGGCCUGAAACUGAGCGUAACUUUGGGCUUUUUCAUCCAAAUCAACAACCUAAGUAUGGCUACCUUGGUUUCUAAUGAAAUCAAGGGGUGUUUAUAUGUAAUGUAUGUGUGUACAAAUGUACGUGGUUUUAUGAACUACGUCGAAUAAGACAAUCUUCUUUGUCCUUUGUUACACACUUAGCAAAUCUGACCAGUGAAACUGGACUAAGCUAAUUUGUUAGGAGUGUCGGUUCAGUAAGGUAUUUCUAUCUACCUUUGCCAGAAGUAAUAAUAAGAAAAACUUAUUUUAUGUA